AUGAGCACCAACGCAGCAUCCGAACCGGUGCGCUAUGCCGAUGGCGCGGUCGUUCGGAUCCGUACCGGCUCGCCGGCGCACCAUUUCCGCACGCCGGCCUAUAUCCAGGGACACACCGGCACCGUGGCCGCGCUGUGCGGCGUUUACCCCAACCCGGAGUCCCUGGCCCACGGCGGCGACGGCCUGCCUCGCCAGCCCCUCUACCGUAUCGAGCUGCGGCAGACCGACCUGUGGCCCGAUUACGCCGGCAACCCCGCGGAUACGCUACAAGUCGACGUUUACCAGCACUGGCUGGAAUCGGCCUGA